UAUCGAUGCAUGUGCUAAAUUUAAGAUAAUAUUGUGGUCAAUCUCGUAUAGAAUCUUAUAUUUCUUUAUCUCAUCCGUAGUCGCCAUCGAAGCACAAUGGCGACAAAGUUCUUCCGGAUAGGGAAGAAACAAGUCUUCUUACCCGAUCACACGAUUGCCUUCUUACGACCACGGGAUAACCAACCACCAAACUUCGCCACUUUCAGGGUACCUCUAAGAUUCAACAAAUUUGACUUGCGUGACUAUCUGCUGCACGCAUAUAAUGUGCCUGUGCUAGGCGUACGAUCGCAGCUGACGCAGCGCCGGCCGCGGCAGUCCAAGAUGCAUCAUCGCAUCUACCGGCCACCACCAGUCAAGACGAUGACGGUGGAGCUGCACCAGCCGUUCAAGUGGCUAGAUGCUCCGGAGGACCUGUCCGCAUGGAACCCACCGAUGCUGGAGAAGCGGCGCCAGGAGCAGGAGAGGCAGGAGAAGUGGCAGAAACACGCUGCAAAGACUGGCACGUUCCCCCUAAGAGACGAGCAAGGCGCGACGAAGUCUAGAGUUUUGCUGAAGCAGGAGGCGAAGAGGUUGUUGAAGGAUGGAAAAUGGGAGAACGAUAGGGAGCUAGACCCGAAGUUCAACCGUAGGCAAUAAACGGGAGGUGGAUGAGAAGAAGAAAAAAAAUAUAAAUAAAAACUUGAAUUCUCAAGGCAUGAAGGAGGGAAGGGGCAAUGGUUAGGGACUCUAUUCUAUAGGCGUGAUAGAGGA